AUGGAGCUGGCCUACGAGCACGCGAUUGCGUACGUCGUCUACGACGGCUACGUGAGCAAGGUGCUCAUGAAGGAGCUCACCGUCUUGAAGCCGGGGGAGUUGGAGAAAUGGAAGGAGGUGUGGGAGGAGGUCAAGUUCUUACCGACUGGGUUGUGGACGUCGCAGCGGAGCGCGGCGUUUGGGAAGGUCGACGCGAGUGUAGAAGGGAAUGCGGGAGAGAAGACAGAGAUGGAAGGCACGGAGGGGAAGGCGGACGAGAAGACGGAAAUGGCGGCCCAUGCGUUAGCGGCAUCUGCAUGCGCCCUCUGGUGCUUCGUGGAGACGGGAGCGUCGUUGCUCGGUGCUGUGGGCGAAGGGAAGGCGGGCGGCGAUGGUCGCAGGUGCGGAGGAGGAGAGGGCCGAGACAUUCAAGAAGGUGAUGCACGCGGUGAUCGACUUAGCACGCAGUCGGGAGGCUCCCGCGGGGGAGGUUGCCCAUUACGUUGCGCCAUCGCUGCAGCGCCACGCAGUGGUCAGGGCCUUCGAGGAGGGAGUUGA